AUGCGGCAUACCCUGCUACUAUCCCUCGCUGGCCUCGCUUCGAGGGCAUGGGCAGCCGUCUACACCGAAGCAAACGCACCUUAUAACUUGAACACCAAUCCUAAUGCCGCAGCCGGCGCUAUCCUCGAUUACUCCGGCGAAUGGGAAAAUCACACCUUCAACCCCUCACCCCCACAUUGGCGAUAUCCGACCUACACCAUCAUCCUCGACAAAUGGGUCGAUGGUGAUCCGACAAACAACGAUAUUGGUGGGACGGUGAAGGAGUACGAUAUCUACGAGACUGGAUUUCGAGCUGGUGGUGAUGUGAAGGGGUUACAGAAGAGUUUGGCGUAUCUUGAGGGGAUGGGAGUUAAGGUUGUUUAUAUUGCCGGAUCACCAUUCCUCAAUCAACCCUGGGGUGCAGACGGAUACUCCCCUCUCGACUUCACCCUCCUCGAUCCGCAUUUCGGUACUGUCGAAGAAUGGCGAGAGAUGAUCCAAGAACUGCACAAUCGCGGAAUGUACCUCAUCAUGGAUCUUACGGUCGCAACACUCGGUGAUCUUGUCGGUUUCCAGGGCUAUCUCAACACCUCGACACCAUUCUCGUUGAACGAGCACACGGCUGUAUGGAAAACAGCUUUGACGUACCCUGAUUUCAACUUCACGAACACGUAUAAUGACACGUGUCAGAUGCCAAGGUUCUGGGGUGAUGAUGGAUAUCCUGUAACCGGAGCCACAGUCAACUCUCAAGUCGGAUGUUACAAUUCGGAUUUCGACCAGUACGGUGACACGGAAGCUUUCGGGGUCUUCCCCGACUGGCAGCGUCAAUUGUCCAAGUUCGCCUCCGUGCAGGAUCGUCUGAGAGAUUGGAAACCGGGGAUGUCCGACCGUCUUGGACAUCUUGCUUGUUUGGUCGUGAGCAUGCUCGACGUCGACGGCGUACGUCUUGACAAGGCUACCCAAAUGACUGUCGACUUUACUGCGGAGUGGAGCACGGCUGUACGACAAUGUGCGGUUCAGUACAACAAGAAGGACUUUAUGAUCAUGGGGGAGGUUACUGGUGGUGAUUACUUUGGGUCCAUUUACUAUGGACGCGGAAGACAACCGGAUCAGAGGCCGCCGGAUAUCUUGACAGCGAUGUCGUUGCAUAAUGAUUCGGAUGGAGACUACUGGUUACACCCUGAAGCCGCCGGUGGUUUCGACAACUCUGCGUUCCAUUACUCCAUCUACCGUGCGAUCACUCGGUUCUUGGGUAUGGACGGUAACCUCCAGGUCGCGUACGAUAUCAACACGGACUUCGUUACCGCGUGGAACGAGAUGAUGGUCAACAAUGAUUUCCUGAACGCGAUGACUGGUCAAGUGGACCCAAGGCAUAUGUUCGCUACCACGAACCAGGAUUUGUUCAGGUGGCCGGCUAUCUCCGACGGAGCAGGCAAGCAGAUGUUGGGUUUAAUGAUCGUGACGUUGUUGCUCCCGGGUGUGCCCUUGUUGUACUAUGGAGAGGAACAGUUAAUGUACCUCCUUGACAACACUGCCCAGAACUACAUGUACGGACGUCAGCCCAUUGUCUCGACGGUUGCCUGGCAGUCACACGGAUGCUACAGACUCGGAUCUCAGCAGUACUAUGAGAUGGACUUGGGUAAUGCCAUGUCGGGUUGCGAGGACGAUUGGAACUCCCUCGACCACCGUGACUCGAGUCAUCCUGCCCGCAACAUCCUGAAGGGGUUGUAUGAUAUCCGUGAUAAGUACACUGUUGUCCGCGAUGGAUGGGCGCUUUUCAAACUAGGUAACUGGACCGAAAAUGUCUUCUUUCCUGGGUCUGGGAAUUCAUCGACGGAGAAGGGACUGUAUUCCAUCGCGAAGAAUGGACUGGAGGGUUUGCAGGACGACUUGAUCACCAAUUACAAUCAGUCGGCUUUGUGGUUGUUGUAUACCAAUAAUAACGCUACCGACAAUCGCACUUGGAGUUAUGAUUGCAUGGGCUUCGACCCACCGAUUAUUGCGCCGUAUACACCGAAUACAACGAUCAAGAGUUUGAUGUGGCCUUAUGAGGAGUACACCCUUGAAGAAUCUCUCGUACAGAUUUACCAGAACGGAUCAGGGCCAUAUCACGGUUGUCUGCCAAACGUGACUCUCGAAGCUUACGGCUGGAGGGCUUUCAUUAACAAGGAGUACUGGGUUGAACGUCCACCUGUCAUUACUCGCUUUUCUCCAGGUCACGAUGCGAGAGUGGAGAUGGCUGAGAAGGGUGUCGCUGGCAUUAUUCCUCUCACCUUCGAGUUUUCGGAAGUUAUGGAUUGUAAUCAGAUCACGAAGCAGAUUUCAUUGGAGUCAAAGACUAGUGAUGGCUCGACACCGACGAUCAGCACUGCUACUUGCCAGAACCUGACGGUCUACACGUCGCAAUAUGUUGGCUCUCCAGGAUCAGUAUUCAGUUGGUCGGCGAAUUUGACAGGAGUUAUGGAUGGUGUUCAUGCGAUUACGCUGAGCAAUGUGACCACUGCGGAAGGCAACUCCUCUCUCGAUGGCGACGCUACCUUCUUCGUCCGCUAUGGGUUGAUCAAUAACCCGAUUGUUUUCCCUCGCGUGGCGAACUACUCUUCAACGUUGUUGACCAAGGACUCUGAUGACAACUUGCAGCUCAAUCAGACUGCCGCCGGUGCUGAUAUGUUCCGAUACUCGACCGACUGGGUGCACUACUCGGACUGGUACACGUACAAGGAGAGUCAGAUUGUCACGAUUAACGAGACCGACUGGUCUGGUACAAAGGCUCAGGAAUGGGCCGGUGAACAUGUGAUGGUUCAAUACUAUUCUUCCAUUCUUGGCUCUUCCCACCACAUUCAGCACGGCGAUGUCGAUUACUCUACUCCUCGGCGCUUCCCCAACAUUUGGGCUAUGGGAGUAUUCAACGAAUGGGGUUAUGAUUCCGGUGUCGACAAUCAGUUCAAGCUCGACAGUGAAGGCAAGUGGAGAUGGAACUACAUGGCGACCUGGCCUGCGUCGUUGCAGCUGAACAUGUGGGGAAUGAAUCCUGAUGGAAAGCCCGAUGCUCAAUUUGUGUACGGUGAUAUCGACGGUGAUGGUACGAUCGACAGAUUGUCGCCUGCUACUCUCACCACCAACCUGCUCAACAUUACUCUGACGCCGCCAAAGCCUUAUCUGUCAUGGCAAAUUGUCAUCGACGAUGGGACUCGUCAGUGGUAUGCCGUGCCGAAGGGUUCAUGGGCUGUUCAGAUCGCCAUGUUCAUCAUUAUGGCUAUCGUCCCGGUGCUUACUGCCAUCGCGGCUGUUCUUGCAUUCCGUGGAUCCUUCUACAAGAUCAAGUUCAACACGAGAGGCAAUACUGAUAAGAAGAGCUUCAUUCCCUUGCAGUCAUUGAGGGAUGUCUUCAGGUCGUCUGAGCCAACCCGACAUGACGCCAAGGGCCCUUACAGCAUCGUCAAAGCUAUGGCAUCUACGUAUACUCUCGGUAGUAUGGCGGCAGACACGUCGGCCGUUGCUGCGGUUGCUGUAUCGCCAAACAAGAGGCGAUCCGUAAUCAUCGCGACGCUUGAAUACGACAUCUCGGACUGGAACAUCAAGAUCAAGAUUGGGGGUCUUGGAGUCAUGGCUCAACUUAUGGGUAAGAACCUCGAGCAUCAGGAUCUCAUCUGGGUUGUUCCCAAGGUCGGCGGUAUUGACUACCCGGAGGCGGACUACUGCCCACCUAUCGAGGUCAAGAUUCUUAACAAGUUCUACCAAAUUGGUGUCCAGAGCUAUCAGCAGAAGAACAUCACCUACAUCUUACUUGAUGCGCCGGUCUUCAGACGACAAUCUCAAGUUGAGCCUUACCCGGCGAGGAUGGAUGACUUGGAGUCUGCUAUCUUCUACUCGGCAUGGAACCAGUGUAUCGCGGAGUGUAUUCGUCGGUACAAGCCGGACAUGUACCAUAUCAACGACUACCACGGUGCCCUUGCGCCCUGCUACCUUCUCCCCGACGUCAUUCCUUGCGCUUUGUCUCUCCACAAUGCCGAAUUCCAGGGUCUCUGGCCGCUCAGGAGCCAGGAAGAGAAGGAAGAAGUCUGCGCCGUGUUCAACAUCAGUCAGAAAAUCUGUACGAAGUACGUGCAGUACGGUAACGUAUUCAACCUUUUGCAUGCCGGCGCGUCAUACCUUCGUAUUCACCAGAAGGGAUUUGGUGCUGUUGGUGUGUCAAAUAAGUACGGUAAGCGUUCGUGGGCAAGGUACCCUAUCUUCUGGGGUCUCAGUAAGAUCGGUACUUUGCCUAACCCGGAUCCUUCCGAUACUGGAGACAUCGAUCCUGACGAUGACAAGAAGAAGAAAGUGGUCGUCGACAAGGAGUUCGAGGCCAGACGUCAUGACUUGAAACGACAAGCACAGGAAUGGGCUGGGUUGAAGGUGGACCCUAAGGCGGAGCUUCUUGUGUUCGUCGGACGUUGGUCCAUGCAGAAGGGUGUCGACCUUAUCGCUGAUUUGUUGCCUACCUUGCUUCAAGAUUUCCCUGUGCAGUUGAUUGCGGUUGGUCCUGUGAUUGACCUUUACGGCAAAUUCGCAGCGGAGAAGUUGGAUGUUCUCAUGAAGAAGUACCCUGACCGUGUCUUUUCGAAGCCGGAGUUCACUCAGCUUCCUCCGUUCAUCUUCAGCGGUGCUGACUUCGCGCUUAUUCCCUCCCGUGAUGAGCCCUUCGGCCUUGUUGCUGUCGAGUUUGGUCGUAAGGGCGCCUUGGGUAUCGGAGCUCGCGUUGGUGGUCUCGGUGCUAUGCCCGGCUGGUGGUACACUGUUGAGUCUGCUACUGCGAGUCACUUGAUCCAGCAGUUUGAAUCCGCCAGUCGUCAAGCGUUGUCGUCCAAGCAAUCGACUCGAGCCGAGUUACGUGCCAAGUCUGCUAAGCAGCGUUUCCCUGUCAAGGUCUGGGUCAAGAAGCUUGAUGACAUCCAGAACAGGUGUAUUAUCGCGUCUGAGAGGGUGCAGAAGAAGCGCAGCACUCGUCGUACGUCUGCGGCCUCGAGUAUCUUCUCGUCUUCGCCUACGCCUAAUCAGGGCACCUUCAGUCGUAGCUCGCCCGGAUAUGCUGACCCUCACACACCUUCUUACUCACCCUCUAUUACUGACCUCAGCCCGACUCCAGACGAGGAUCCCUACCUUCAUGGUUCACCGUCAUCCUUCGGCGACUCCGACACCGGGGAGUUCUCACCGUACGAAGAUUCGCCAAGCAUCUCACCAGCCAUGUCUCCGACCAUGUCUCCUACGAUGUCACCCGUUGGGUCACCACGUAAUGGCGGUUCUCCCAACCCAAGCGGAGCCAGCGUGAGUCGCUAUGGAUCCAAGUUGGGUCCUGGCCACAAUAGCAGACCCAGGCACGGUAACGGUGGUAUUGAGACUGUCGACGAAGAAGAGAUCUACCUCGAGCGACCGAUGUCUGAGGAUGAUUGGGACGGUAUGUCUGACAAUGAGUCAGUGUUCUAUGACCCGCAGCGUGGAACGGUUCUCGAAGGUUACUUCGAUCGUGAUCCUGAGUCACGAAGACGGUCGAGGCAGCAGCAUUCGUUGAUUGGUCUCGGAAUUUCAGAUUCGAACGAUAGUCGUGAGACUGUGCGCCUUGGAGAAGUUGGUCGUGGCGAGCCUACAGUUGUGUCUCACGGGCAUGUAAGCUCGUGGACGCCAAUCGUCUCGGGUCACAGUGGACCAUGGACGCCGAGCAUGCCGUCGGAGCAGGGGGUGCCUAUCAUUCACGAGAGCCCUUUGCGUCCGUCGUCAUCUUCACAGUCUACGGGUACCGGCACCCUUGGUCGUACCCUGGGUGCAGGAGCGACCAUGUCGACUCUCAGUUUGGCCACAGUCAUGACCGACACUGACAAACCCCACUUUAAGCUCACCGACACCGAAAAGAACUUCACGGACGAAGACGGGAAAGUCAUGCGAACCUUUGCCUCCCGCCUCGAAAACCUGAACAGCAAGAACUCUAAGGACGAACUUUGUAUCGAAAACUUCCUUGUCAAGUCUGAACGCGCGUUCUUCAAUGACGUGAGGGAAAAGAAGUUGGGGAUUGUGAGUAGUCGUCCCGCGAGUAUCUUCUCUGAGGAUGAUAUGUCGAGGAGUUCGCCGGAGCAGUACAGUCCUGCAGCUGGUGCGAUCAAUGAUAUGCGUGCGUUGAAUCCUAAUGGAGUCAAGAAACCUCCGAGGGGUAUCAAGUUAUUGAUGCAGCGCAAGCUUGGAGACUGGCCGGUCUACUCCAUAUUCCUCGCUCUUGGACAAGUCCUCGCCGCGACGGCGUUCCAGCUCAACUUGCUUGGUGGUUCAUCCGAUAACUCUGCCAUUCAAAUCUACAGUAUCGGUACUGUGUACUUUGUAUCUUGUGCGAUCUGGUGGACUGUUUUCCGUCUCUUCCCCUCGAUCCACGUCUUACACGCUCCGUUCUACCUCUACGCUCUGGCAUUCUUCAUGAUUGGAAUCCCCGGUCUCCACGACUUCGGCAUCGCUGCACGCAGUUUCAUCAACCAUGGUGCAACGUGGGUUUACGCCGGUGCCUCUGCCUCAGGUGCCUUCUACUUCUCCCUCAACUUUGGUGACGAAGGAGGCGCAAGACUCACAUCUUGGGUCUUCAGGGCCUGUGUUAUCCAGGGUACGCAGCAGAUCUGGGCUGCGGCAUUGUGGUAUUGGGGACACAAGUUGACAGUGGACGCGAAGAACACGCCUGGUGUUGAGAUUGGGUUGACGACGAGUGUUACUACUACUGUUGUUACGUGGGUUCUUGCUGGGUUAAUGACGGGGAUUGGGGUGUUCCUCUAUGUCGGACUUCCUGACUUUUACAGGCAGAUGCCGGGUAAAGUUCCUGCAUUUUAUCGGUCGUUGAUGAGGAGACAUGUCGUGAUGUGGUUCUUGUUCUCGACGAUAUUGCAGACGUAUUGGUUGUCAACCGUUUACGGACGUAACUGGACAUACCUCUGGAACUCGUCAUUGAAGACAUGGGAAACUUUCCUGUUAUUGGUGGGUUUCUUCGUCGGUGUGUGGAGCGUCAUCUUAUACUUCCUUGGUCGGGCAGCGAAGACUCAUUCAUGGUUUAUCCCGGUCUUUGCGAUCGGGCUUGGUGCACCGAGGUGGGCACAGUUGUUGUGGAGUACCUCCAAUAUCGGGUUGAGUCUUCCGUGGGCUGGAGCUGCUGGACCGUAUCUCGGUACGAGUCUUUGGCUGUGGUUGGGUGUACUCGAUGCGAUUCAGGGUGUUGGGCUGGGUAUGAUUCUCCUCCAAACCCUCACCCGAUUCCACGUCGCUGUCACCCUCGUUGCGGCACAGAUGGUUGGUGCACUCGUCGCCAUGCUGGCUCGUGCUACGGCGCCGGAUAAGGUCGGUCCGUCUGGUGUUUUCCCUGAUGCCUCGGCGUGGAAUCCUACGACGGACGGCGCGGGACCGUGGUCGAACUGGAUGUUUUGGUUUGGGUUGGUGUGUCAGAUUGUGAUUUGUGUUGGCUAUCUGAGGUUCUUUAGGAAGGAGCAGUUGAGUAAGCCAUAA